AUGGCGCCAGGGGAGGGAGGAUAUCGUCAAAUCAACAAAGCCUUGGAUCUCUGCGUCUUUGAAGAUUACUUGAAAGCCCAACAAAAGCGGAUGUCAAAGUUGUUAGAUGUGGAACAGGUCAGUCCACGAGUAAUCCGUAUCCUUGGACAGAAUCCCGGAAAGUUUACACUUCAAGGAACGAAUACAUAUAUUAUCGGCACUGGAGCGAAGCGUCUUAUCAUCGACACUGGCCAGGGAAUUCCAGCCUGGGCAGGAUUAAUUGCAGAAACACUGGCCACCAAAGAUUUUUCAGUAUCAAAUGUCCUUUUGACGCAUUGGCACGGAGAUCAUACCGGGGGUGUUCCCCAUCUCAUUCAGCUGUACCCGGAACUCUCUGAUUUCAUUUUCAAACAUACACCGAGCAAAACACAGCAACCCAUCUUCGAUGGCCAAACUUUUACUGUCGAAGGUGCUACAGUGCGAGCCAUCCACACACCAGGACACUCUAAUGAUCACAUGUGCUUCAUUCUAGAAGAAGAGAAUGCUAUGUUCACUGGAGACAAUGUGCUUGGUCAAGGUACCACAGCAGUUGAACACCUCGGCACCUGGAUGGACACACUACGCAUUAUGCAAUCCCAUAACUGCAUCAAGGGCUACCCGGCCCAUGGAGAUGUGAUACCGAACCUCCAUUCUAAGAUUGCGGGAGAGCUAGCAGGGAAGUUGCGACGUGAGCGUCAGGUGCUACGGGCUCUACAUCAGAUUCAAACUGGCCUGCGGGGUAGAAGGCUCUCGACCAAGGAGGUGGUUGUGGCGGUGCAUGGAGAGAAAAUUAGUGAACAUCUCAUGCAGAGAGCGUUGGAGCCCCUCAUGGACGAAAUCCUGAGAAAGCUCGCUGAAGACGGUAUGGUUGGAUUUGAUAUGAGAGGAGGUGUUAAAAGGUGGUUCGCUGUCACCUGA